GUAGUUAUGAGACUGUGAGGCUUUGUCUAAGUUGAAUAACUGAGACGAUAAUGGACUUGGAGUUGUUUAUGCAUGCUGGUGAAACAUUCAGACACGUAUGUGUACCCACGUAGCACAGUCUUCAAAACGUCGUAUUAAUGGAUUCAACGUCUUAAACAGGUUUUUGACCAAACUCGACGCAAUAAAAACGUCGCAAGCAGGAUAGCUUGCGAUAGCUUGCAAAGUGUUGCGGUGAAUUCUACUGUGAGCACAAUGUAUACAAAUACAUAUGUGCAGGAACCACCGUCGAUGAAUGUCAGUACAAGCGAAUAGCCCGAACGAGCGAGGGAACGAAAGGGAGCGAGCGAAAUAUAGUUGGCUAGAGAUCAAAAGAACGAACGAACGUGUUCCUUGCCCAUCAACAGUAUACUUGCGACCGACCACUGACCUCUUAUCAAGCAUGAAAACAGCCGGAGAAAGUAAGCUAUUCGCUUUAAUAUUCAUGGGACUCAACGGUAUGGUCUUGCACGCUUGGGCGCAUAGCUUGGUGUGAUCACGCAUUGUGAGUCGCGCCGACCGUUUAACCACCAUGAUGUGGCACUGACGGCGUCCGAAAUGAAAGGCCUGCGAACUGCACAACGGGAACGACCAGCUCACUGCCCCAGUUUGAGUCGGAGCGGCAUAUCUAGCAAGCGAGCAAGCGCGCGAAAGAACAGAAGAGAGGGCGGCGUCUGGCUCAGCGCGACAUGAUCCACAGUCGAUACACAGAAACGCACACGACACGCCGACGCGCACACCAAGCGCUCACGGCGGCGCGGCGGCGCAUCAACAGACAGGCCGUCAACCAUGCCGUCAACGCAAUCCAACCAUCCAACCUUACGCAAGGUGGCGAUACGAUACCGUCAUCGCUAGUCAUCACAUCGGUCACAUGACCAAGCGUGCGGCGAAGGCCGCUGUGGCUGCCGAUGGCUGCCGUGUGAAAACUGUCUGUAUAGUUCCGCUAUUGGGCUCGUUGGGGCCAUCAUUUCUCGGUUUUCGGUUGCGCUGUCCGUUGUGAAGCAAGUAUUGUGCUUUAUUGUCGUACUUCGCACUACGUGUGCAGCGAUUUGUGUGAUUUUAAUUUGGAGAGCAGCUGAAUUGUGGCCAAGGCUGCCUACCGUGUGAAAGCGGUCUGUGCAUAGUUCACGCGUGCGAGCAGUCGUGUGUUUCUCUGUUUUUGGUCGCGCUGUCCUUUGCCAAAGGUCAAGUACGUGAAUGACCAGAACGUUGCGGCGUAGGCACAUCGAUUGGAGCGCCCUCUGUCCACCCGUUGUCGCUGUGAGUGGCGUGCUCUGCAGCUCUGCUCGUCGGACAUGGCUGCAUCUAUGGCGACACCGAGGGUGGCCUUCCUUGACGUUGCCAGGUUCAAAACUUCAAGGCCGCGACGUACACUAGCCAUCCGCAGUGGAAAUCAGUCGCGUGCUUCAAGGUCACGACCUCAAGGCGAACGCAGUCAUCGGACUCUGCCUGCUGUCACCAGUGAUUAUUCCAGUGACAGAGAUGCACAAAGCACAACACCGGCUGUGACGAUCGGUUGCGUGCAGCACGAUCGUAUGUUUUCCUGUUGGCCCUUCCUCGUAAUACGUUAAGUCAUCGCCACUCGUUCUCGGGGUUUAUGCACUGUUCUGUAUUGGACGCCCAAACGGCAUCUUUCCUGCAUCUUCUACAAAUGGCUUUUUCUCGGCGGUGGGCAAUGCAUCUUUUAAACCAUAUCGGACGCUGCGUUUUGGCGUGCGCCCUGUACCAGUGGCGACGGCUGUCCCGCAUGCGGGCACACCGUACAAGAGUCUCGUUGUCCGAAGUCAGCUAUCAGUCGGAGAACCAUACCAAGGUCAUCCUGAAGGCAAUGUGGAGGAUACCGAUACUGCCUCCACCUCGACCUCUGGCACGAACACGGCUUCUUCCUCGAAGACGACUAUCCGCUGGAUCUAGCAGCUCACUGGGAGAGUUGGUCCAUCUACUGCUGGCGACCUGUUUGCCAAGACAUGGCACCUUCGUGGCGCCAUACUACGGGCGCCUUCUGGGCCUUCUCAGCAACACGCCAUGAACUCGACUGUGCACUGGCAGAGGAGCACCUUCAGGAUUCACCAGGGGAGCCGGUCACGUGCAGUGCUGCUAUGUCCUCGUCAGCCAUUGGUGCAUUCUUCAGAACCUUCCUCCUGCCACCAGAAGGUACCGAUUGCCACCAGCAAUUUUAAGGCUUCAUAUAAACCUGGCGGGUAUCGCUGCGUCAUGUACAGCCAUGGAUUUCCUGUCAUCGGACGACUAUAGACUGUACACCAAAGGAAGCGGUCAUAUUCUUUGAGCUGUGGCAGUUGUUCCAUGCAUUGGCUGCAGACUCAUCGCUACUUCUCUGCUGUCACCAUCGGAAGCAUCGGCCAAGCAGGAUGGUGCGGCGAAGUAACACAAGUGACGUUUCAAGAUUGGAAACGCGCCAAUGAGCUCAUCGACAUUUUAGAGGACACCAACCAGGAGGGUCCGCACAGGCUCUUCACCGUGAAAUAGAGGAAGUCACUGUGCGGCCUUGGAUGUCUGCGAGACAGCGUUUCUCGGUAACACCGACGUUGCCGUCCUUGUAUGGAUUGUAUACAUCGGUGGAAGCGGGCCAGUCAGUCGCGUGCUGCGAAAGUGCGCAGUCAUUUGCACGUCAGCGAGGAUUACCAUCAUCGCCUCAUCAUUGAUGACACUAUUGGUACCAUCUUCAAAAAGUCAGAAAAAUUUGCACGAAGUUCAUUGCUCCCAGCAAUUUUAAGGCUUCAUUUAACCCUGUCAAGCAGAUAGACCCAUGGAUCUGCCUGUCAUCAGACUAUCGGCAAGGUGACCUUCUGCAUGCACCCAUGAGAUGUUCUUUGUUGCUGUGUUGCCCACCCUACAGGCCGCAUACUUGCUGACUCCUGCGUCAGGGGAAGCAGGAAUACUCUGUGAGCAAUGGCAGUUAUUCACAUGCAUUGGCUGCGGACUCAUCACUACUUCCCUGUUGUCACCAUCGAAAUAUGCUGUGCCGUUCGGGAUGUCGGUGUUCUGACAUUGUGUAACAUGGUAGCGGCAGAGGACCACUUCCAAAAUUCUGUGACAAUCGCACGUGCAGUGCCGUUACGUCCUCGUCAGCGAUGGUUCCAUUCUUCAGAGCCUCCCUCCCUCCUGCCAGCAGAAGGUACUGUCUGCCAAGAGUCAAGCAGGGAAAUUUUCAGAAAGUUUAUUGCCACCAGGAAUUUUAAGGCUUCUUGUAAACCUGGCAAGGAGUUUGCUGAGCCUUCUACAACCACGGCUUUCGCUGUCAUAGGACGACUAUCGGAAGCACUGGCCGUGCAGAGCGUUUUGGAGGUUACCAACCAGGAGGGUCCGCACAGGCUCUUCACCAUGAAACAGAGGUGGAUCUCUGUCAGGAGCCCGGUGGUGGUCUCGUGCUGUCGAUGCCUUCUCGGCACAAAGCCCAUCGACUGCCUGACGUGUGGACUCGUUUUUUAUGGCAUGGACUGGCACUCAAUACAUGGUGACCGGGGGCAAAGCGACAGCGAGAGCACUGGAUGAUCUAGCAAGUGGGAAGGCACAAAGGCCAUAGACUGCCUGACGUGUUGACUCGUUUUUUCUGGCUUGGACUGGCACUCGAUACAUGGUGACUGGGGGCAAAGCGACAGCGAGAGAGCAGUCAACGAUCUAGAAAGAAGGAAGGUAUAGUCUACCGCCUGAUGUGUGAACUCGUAUUGGAACAAGAUCGAGUAAGAGCCCUGGAUGACCUGGAGAGUGGGAAGGAAGUCACUGUGCGGCUUUGGAUGUCUGAGAGUAUUUUAUUCCGGGGACUUCGGUGACAGCGUUUCUCGGUAACACCGAUGUUGCCGUCCUUGUACGGAUUGUAUACAUCGGUGGAAGCGGGCCAGUCAGUCGCAUGCUGCGAAAGUGUGCUGUUAUUUGCACGUCAGCGAGUAUUGCAGUCAUCGCUACAUCACUGGGGACACCAACGAACCCACUGGCCAUGGCUGCUCGACGUACCUGCUGGACGAGAGCUUCUUGUCCCGCCAGGGUAUCGCCGGAAGCAAUGGCCAAGUAAGACACUAUGGCGAAGCAGUCGCACGAGUGACUUGUCAAGACUGAACAAUCCAUCGAGUUCAACAACAUUUUAGGUGAAGCCGAGGAGGGGGCUAGGCACAGGCUCUUCAGCAUGAAAUAGAGGAAGAAAUGGCCGAGUAAAACACUAUGGCGAAGCAGUCGCACUAGUGACUUGUCAAGACUGAACAAUCCAUCGAGUUCAACAACAUUUUAGGUGAAGCCAAGGAGGGGGCUAGGCACAGGCUCUUCAGCAUGAAAUAGAGGAAGAAAUGGCCGAGUAAGACACUAUGGCGAAGCAGUCGCACUAGUGACUUGUCAAGACUGAACAAUCCAUCGAGUUCAAGAACAUUUUAGGUGAAGCCGAGGAGGGGGCUAGGCACAGGCUCUUCAGCAUGAAAUAGAGGAAGUCACUGUGCAGCUUUGGAUGUCCGGCGGUAUUUUAUUCUGGGGACUUCGGCGACAGCGUUUCUCGGUAACAUCGACGUUGCUGUCCUUGUACGGAUUGUAUACGUUGGUGGAAGCGGUCCAGUCAGUCGCAUGCUGCGAAGGUGCGCAGUCAUUUGCUCGUCAGCGAGGGUUGCAGUUGUCUCCGCAUCAUUGGUGACCCCCAACGGUACCGUCCGCAAAAAGUCGAGCAGGCAAAUUUUCAGAAAGUUGAUUGCCACCAGCAAUUUUAAGGCUUCUUGUGAACCUGUCAAGGAGCUUGCUGAGCCUUCUACAACCACGGCUUUGCCUGUCAUCGGACGACUAUCGCCACUUCACCAGUGGAAGCAGGCAUACUCCCAGAGCAGUGGCAGUCAUUCACCUGCAUUGGUUGUGCACUCGUCAUCUCUGUUUCCCUGUCGUCACCAUCGGUUAGUGUCUGCUACAGCGGACGUCUAUUUUGCACGAUGCGACACCCCUCUUUUAGAGGCCAUUCUAGCCUCAUCGGGACACUCUUUAUGUCGAGAAUGCUUUAUGCAAGGAAUUAAACCUUAAGAAACCCUUUUCUUGUAGGAACAUGACUUAAGGUCCAAUAGUUGGACAUUUGUUCAAAAUAAAGAAAUAUAAUUUGGAGGACGCUUAAGCUAAGCCUUUAAAAGUGGAACGCGAAAGCAUUCAAAGAUCACUGAGUGCUUCUUCUGCUUCCCGGCAAAUGCGGCCUAUGCAACCGUAAUGUUUACCGCGAAACGCUGGCGGCAAAGGUUCUGCACGAAGGCGACCUUGCUGGUGGAAAUGCGGCUAAGGCGAUGUUGCAAGGAACCGGGCGUGCUGCUUUAUAGCCUUUCAAAAAUCUGGAAGGCCAUGGCCCCUCUAAAAUGGUAGAAAUGCUAGAAAAGGCGUUUGUGUUUUUUUUUUGUGUUGUUUUCAUAUAACAAUUGUUUUCUCGUAUAUUCAAACUACAUUUUGACGCUAUGUUAUCUGUACGUUGUGCACAAUACGAUACUGUAUAAUCCUAUAAUAAUACAAUAAAUAUAAAAUACAAUAAAUCCUACUUUACGAUUUUUCUGCGUAUUUUACGAUGGACGCCAACGCAGGAUUUUCUGCGACAUGGGGUCCCUUAACGCUGUCGCGUUAAAAUGCUGAUUGAUAUUUGGGCAUUCGGGCUAUUCAGUUGAAUUCAUAUUUUUUAUUUGUACUACACAAAAUUUCAACAACACGCCAUAGGAACCGCUUUUAUGAACUACUGUAGAGUUAGCUAAGGAACCCAGGAAGGCCAACAAAUGAAGAACUGUUGAUGAACAAACAUAGCUAUAGCAUGGGUUGACAAACAAUUGAUCCUGAUAGCCAGCAAACGAGAAAUAUAUUUUGUACACACCCAUAUAGAUUAUGCAAGCAUGCCUUUCCUCUCGUUUUCGUACAAAGAAAUCGCUUACUGCAGAACAGUGCGCUCUGAAUGCGCGCAUGCAUACUAGUUCAGUUCAAGAAUGUCAGGCUCAUACUGACAUUCUUGAGGAGUGUGCGCUGUUCUGAAUUUGAUGCAGAGAUGGUGUCUUCCCAGCAUCCAGAUAUGAUGGUUUUUGCUCAGCAGUGUGCGGUCUGCGUUCAGUUUGCAAAGAAAGCACUGGCCGAGCGGGAUGCUGCGGCGAAGCGUCACACUAGUCACGCGUCAAGACUGGAAACGCGCCCAUGAGCUCAUCGACAUUUUAGAGGACAUCAACCAGGAAGGUCCGCACAGGCUCUUCACCAUGAAAUAGAGGCUCAUACUGACAUUCUUGAGGAGUGUGCGCUGUUCUGAAUUUGAUGCAGAGAUGGUGUCUUCCCAGCAUCCAGAUAUGAUGGUUUUUGCUCAGCAGUGUGCGGUCUGCGUUCAGUUUGCAAAGGCAACCGCGGCACAGCGUCUUCGGCGAACUGUGAUAUUCUUCAUCGUAGGUAAAUCCCCCGUCGAGCUGAUGAUACAGGGAAGCAGUGACCCCGGUGACGCAUCAGGAUUGGAAUCGACGCCGCUGCGCUCAUCAAUAUUUUGCAAGCCAACCAGAAGGGGACGCCCGUAAAAUCUGUAAAUGAAAUAAAAGUAGCGCCAAAGCCGGCGUUCGCUCUCUCUUUUCUGUCGAC